GCGCGCCGCUGGUCGGUGCGUGUCUAGUUGGAGUGACACGUGUGGCCGGGGACGCGUUCAGGGGCGCCUGUAUCAAUCCGCCAUCAAGUUUUCAUUUUCUGACUUUUAAAUCAUUUUUAACUCUUUGCUUUUGAACACACAGUAUUUCUCAUCUUUAUUUUUUUUAAAAAACAAAAAAACAAACCCAAAGACGUAAAAUGGGACGCGGAGAAGGUCGGGAACAGUAUGAGCUGGCAGCCACCUCAGAACAGGGGGGCAAGAAAUCCAAGUCCAAGGGCAAGAAGGACAAGGAUAAGGAUAUGGAUGAACUUAAAAAGGAAGUGGACUUGGAUGAUCAUAAGCUGACUCCCGAGGAGCUUAACAGGAAGUAUGGCAGUGAUCUCAUCAGGGGAUUGACUGUUGCUCGUGCAAAAGAGAUCUUUGAACGUGAUGGACCCAAUGCCCUGACCCCCCCUCCCACCACCCCAGAAUGGGUCAAAUUUUGCAAACAGCUCUUUGGUGGAUUCUCUACUCUUCUGUGGAUUGGAGCUAUUCUUUGUUUCCUGGCAUAUGGAAUUCAAGCAGCUUCAGAAGACGAACCAGCAAAUGAUAAUUUAUACCUGGGUAUUGUGUUAUCCGCAGUAGUUAUGAUCACUGGUUGUUUCUCGUACUAUCAAGAGGCGAAGAGCUCAAAGAUCAUGGACUCCUUCAAAAAUCUCGUUCCUCAGCAAGCCUUGGUCAUCCGUGACGGUGAGAAAAUGAGCAUCAAUGCAGAGGAUGUGGUUGUUGGAGACCUUGUGGAGGUUAAGGGUGGAGACCGAAUUCCUGCUGAUCUGCGUAUAAUUUCUGCCCAUGGGUGCAAGGUGGACAAUUCCUCACUCACUGGUGAAUCAGAGCCCCAGACUCGUACUCCAGACUUCUCUAAUGAAAAUCCUUUGGAAACAAGGAACAUUGCUUUUUUUUCUACUAAUUGUGUAGAAGGCACAGCUAGAGGUAUUGUCAUCAACACCGGUGAUCGCACCGUGAUGGGCCGUAUUGCUACUCUUGCGUCUGGUCUGGAAGUUGGCCGAACCCCCAUCUCUAUUGAGAUUGAGCACUUUAUUCACAUUAUAACUGGUGUGGCUGUCUUCCUUGGUGUGUCCUUCUUUAUUCUGUCACUGAUUCUUGGAUACAGCUGGCUAGAGGCAGUCAUUUUCCUCAUUGGUAUCAUUGUUGCAAAUGUGCCAGAGGGUCUCUUGGCUACUGUAACUGUGUGUUUGACUUUAACUGCCAAGCGUAUGGCAAAGAAGAACUGUCUGGUAAAGAAUCUUGAAGCUGUAGAAACACUUGGAUCCACCUCCACUAUCUGCUCAGACAAGACAGGAACUCUGACGCAGAACCGUAUGACUGUGGCACAUAUGUGGUUUGACAAUCAAAUUCAUGAAGCAGAUACCACAGAGAACCAAAGUGGAACCGCAUUUGACAGGAGCUCUCCCACUUGGGCAGGCCUGGCUCGAAUUGCUGGCCUCUGCAAUCGUGCAGUCUUCCUCGCAGAUCAAGAAAACGUUCCCAUACUUAAGAGAGAUACAGCUGGUGAUGCGUCAGAGUCAGCGCUGUUGAAAUGUAUUGAGCUUUGCUGUGGUUCAGUGAAAGAAAUGAGGGAUAAAUACACAAAGAUUGCAGAGAUCCCUUUCAACUCCACUAAUAAAUACCAGCUGUCCAUCCACAAGAACCCCAGUGAUGGAGAGAGCAAACACCUGCUAGUAAUGAAAGGAGCUCCCGAGAGGAUUCUGGAUCGAUGUUCAACUAUUAUGCUUCAAGGGAAAGAGCAACCACUGGAUGAUGAGUUGAAAGAUGCUUUCCAGAACGCAUACUUAGAAUUGGGGGGCCUGGGUGAACGAGUGCUGGGUUUCUGCCAUUACAGUCUUCCUGAUGAUCAGUUCCCUGAGGACUUCCAGUUUGAUACAGAAGAUGUGAACUUCCCCACUGAGAAUCUCUGCUUUCUUGGACUCAUGUCCAUGAUUGAUCCUCCUCGUGCUGCAGUACCUGACGCUGUUGGCAAGUGCAGGAGUGCUGGAAUCAAGGUUAUCAUGGUCACAGGAGAUCAUCCAAUCACAGCUAAAGCUAUUGCUAAGGGUGUGGGUAUCAUCUCUGAAGGCAAUGAAACUGUGGAAGACAUCGCUGCUCGUCUGAACAUCCCAAUAAAUGAGGUCAACCCAAGAGAUGCCAAGGCAUGUGUGGUUCAUGGUGGUGAUCUUAAGGACCUGACCCCUGAGCAAUUAGAUGAUGUAUUGAAACACCACACUGAGAUUGUGUUUGCCAGAACUUCUCCUCAACAAAAACUGAUUAUUGUGGAAGGUUGCCAGCGACAGGGUGCCAUUGUGGCUGUGACUGGAGAUGGUGUUAAUGAUUCUCCUGCUCUGAAGAAGGCUGAUAUUGGUGUAGCAAUGGGUAUCGCUGGGUCUGAUGUCUCCAAACAGGCUGCUGAUAUGAUUCUCCUGGAUGACAACUUUGCUUCUAUUGUUACUGGAGUUGAGGAAGGCCGCCUGAUCUUUGACAACUUGAAGAAGUCAAUUGCUUACACCUUGACGAGCAAUAUUCCCGAGAUCACACCUUUUCUUUUCUUUAUAAUUGCAAACAUCCCUCUUCCUCUGGGCACAGUCACCAUUCUUUGCAUUGACCUUGGUACAGACAUGGUCCCUGCCAUUUCCUUGGCCUAUGAGGCUGCUGAGAGUGACAUCAUGAAGAGGCAACCCAGAAACCCCAAGACGGACAAGCUGGUCAAUGAAAGGCUUAUUAGCAUGGCCUAUGGACAGAUUGGUAUGAUUCAAGCACUUGCUGGCUUCUUUACCUACUUUGUAAUUCUGGCUGAAAAUGGAUUCCUGCCUUCUACAUUGUUGGGUAUACGCGUGUUCUGGGAUGACAAAUAUAUGAAUGACCUGGAAGAUAGCUACGGGCAGCAAUGGACAUAUGAGCAGAGGAAGAUCGUGGAGUUCACAUGCCACACUGCAUUCUUUAUCAGUAUUGUGGUUGUGCAAUGGGCAGAUUUGAUCAUCUGUAAGACCAGGAGGAACUCUGUCUUCCAACAAGGAAUGAAGAACAAAAUUCUCAUCUUCGGGCUGUUUGAGGAGACUGCUUUGGCAGCUUUUCUCUCCUACUGCCCAGGAAUGGAUGUUGCCCUUAGAAUGUAUCCUCUCAAACCAAACUGGUGGUUCUGUGCCUUCCCCUACUCACUUCUUAUCUUUAUUUAUGAUGAAAUCCGAAAGCUCAUCAUCCGACGCAGUCCAGGAGGUUGGGUGGAGAGAGAGACCUAUUACUAGAGCAUCCUGUCCACAAGAUUGCUUGCAUGGCUGUCCUGCUGCUUGGAAUUUAACCUCAGUAAUGCAGUUUUGUUUUUUUUGUUGUUUUUUUUAAUAUACACAAAAAUCUUUACAUCUCUAGGGAAUGCUUGACACAAACAUGGAGAUCAUGAACCAAGACAUUGCGUGCCUUGUUUCUGAAGCCGGACCAAUUUUCUACAUUUUUAAAAUUGUGAUUUAUAAAUAAACUCCCAGUCGUUUCUCACAUUUGGUAUCAUUUGGAUGCUUUACAUUCGUAUAUUCGUCACAGUUUGUCCGAAUAGAUCUACCAACUGAUGCAGGAAACAAACAGAGCUGAGCAGUUUGAAAGGGUCUUGCUCAAGGGUGUUAAAGUGCCCACUUACUAGAUAAUUUUUUUUUUUUUUUUUUUUUUUAAAAGAAGAAAUAAUUUAAAAACAAGUAAAGAGUAGUUUUACUCAGCGUACCCCUAUUAGCUCAGAACGGGAAUAAUUAAAUCUUCCUCUUUGCAGCAUCCAUUUCUGUGAGAUCAGAUCAUUUUAUAAAUGUGAUUUAUAACUUUAAUGCUUUCAUGGUGCAAAAUGAUCUCAGAUUUACAGUCCAAGUUGGAGCCACUGAGGUCUGUCUUUCCAUGCUUCCAAUUCCUGGGUGGGUUUUAAUGUCUGCUCUUUAUAUACGGUGUACUUUAGAUGGAAGCGCGUGACCGUGGCUCCCCAGCAUGUAAGCAAAAGCUGUUUUAUCAUGUUUAAAGCUAAUUCUGUUAAACUCACAUUACAUGUGAUCACGGCUCGGGAAUAUCUGGAAUUCACACACACAAAGGAAACCUUAAGCAAAUGGGCCGUGGUGCUGUCUAACUUUAUUUAAUGACACAUGGCUACAGAUGUCACAUUUCCUCUGUGUGUGAGAAUUAAAUUUGCAAAUUAGCUUUUUUUUUCUUUUUAAAAUUCCUUGAUCUUUUCCACUUAACCAAAAUUUCUCCGCUCUUCUACAACCGAGACCAACACCGGAAAGACCAUUCAACAACUAUAUAAUUGUCUAGGUUCAAUUUUGAGCUACACACUUUCAGCUGUGCUGUUCUUAAUUGACUUUUACAAAUAUUUGGCAAACCAAAUGAAACUGGCACAUCAACCCCCCCCCAAAAGCAUUUUAAAAGAUCAGUAAAAGGAAAAAGGUAUUGCAGCACAUUCUGUUUUGACACAAUAAGAAUGAGCAUGAACCUGAUUUUACUUUUUAUGUAGGUGUAUGCUUUUGCCUGAUAUGACAUUAAAGCAGGAAGAAAAAUGUCAUUUGCAUUUGAAACCAUGUAUUUAGUGUGCAUGACUUUGCAUGACUUGGAAAAUGAAGAAUUAUACGAAACAAAACAGCAACUGGGUCCAGUGAUAAGUGAGCUCAUCAUGGGGCAGAGAAAGUGCUUGGGGACCAGGAAAUGUGUGUACAGUCAUUAUCUCUGCCUAAUUUAGGCGUUACCACUUUUUGAAAUCUUGAUACAAUGCAGGAAAUAUGAGCUUGCCAAUAAUCUUCUGUUUAUGACCUCCUUGAUAUGUAAGUCAUUACUAUAAAUGCAUUCCCUAUGUGAAUGAAGACUGUUAAACUCAAUAAAAAGACAAACUGUUGUA